AUGUGUAAGGCGUGGCCAAUGUGUCUCAAAAAUAUUCGAUCGAAUUCGUUAAAUCCUGCAAAAUUUUGUGAAAAUAAAAAUAAUAAUUUGGAGGCUGUUCAAAGAUCUGCAAUCGAAAAAAUUUCAUGGUCAGCCAAUGAACCAUAUCGAUACGCGCAUAACGCAUGCGGAAAAGAAAUCGGUGGAUUAUAUCCAAUCAAGGUGCAUAUUUACAUUGCACAUGCUUACGGACGCUAA